AUGAAAAUGGUUUGCCUGAAUGUACACUUUUUGAUGGCUGUGAUGUUCACAGUCAUCCUUGCCACGCUAAACAACAUGGUUCUGGGCGAGAAUAUCUCGAUAGAUCCUAAUGACAUACACGGAGGAGUUACCAUGGGUGUCUCCAAUGCUGUCUGUGAUAAUGGAAAGGCCAAUAUUCAGAUUGACUGGGACCCAAACUCUUCUGAUGAGUACACAUGUUACGAGGGCAGCAGUGAAAAUUACAAAGUCAGGCUGCACUCCUCCCACUGUGAUAAAACUGCACAGCAACCCCUGCACAUCUGCUAUCCACGAGCAAUAAACUACACAGAAGAUCUGCCUACAAGCGGCAGUCACAGACCGCUGUGGCCAAAAUAUGGAGAAUAUCUGUAUUUGCCUCCGCAGAGAUGGAUCCACAGCUUGGAGCAUGGAGCGGUGGUGUUCCUGUACCAUCCGUGUGCGGAGCCCAGCGAGAUUGAAAAGUUCAAGGCUGUGGCACGAGAUUGUCUGCACCGAUACAUCCUUUCUCCAUACAAAAAGUUGCCACCGGAUAUGAACUUUGCCCUGCUGGUCUGGCAGUGCAGGCUCGUCAUGAGCAACGUUGAUUUGCCCUUGAUGGUGAAUUUUAUCAAGACUCGAGCCCUGAAUGGUCCGGAACGAGUCUCCAGGGACGGACAGUAUGAUGUCGGGCUACUGCGCCACGCAGGAAUCGUCAGUGAUGUGGAGGACUCGGAACUAUGUCCUAGGAUGAGAAUAAUGGCGGCGACAGCAGAGGUUUUCAAAAACAGGUCAGCUGCUCGCAGGAGCAAAUAUCAACAGUCAGACCAAAUGUGGCAAAGAUACAGACAACAGUAUAGACAACAAAUGCCGGAUGUCGAAAUUUAA